AUGUCUGACGCUUUGAUCAAUGGAUUGGCUGGCGCUGGUGGAGGCAUCAUUGCUCAACUUAUCACAUACCCUCUUCAAACUGUUAACACUCGUCAACAAACCGAUCGUGAUCCGAAGAAGAAUAAUGGGACUUUCCAGCAAAUGUGUCAGGUUGUGAAACAUGAGGGGUGGGAGCGGUUGUAUGGAGGUUUGACGCCGUCACUCGUGGGUACAGCUACAUCUCAGGGUGUUUACUAUUAUUUCUAUCAAAUAUUCAGGAACCGAGCUGAAGCUGCUGCAUUAGAGAAGAAAAUGCUAGGGAAUGGUGAUGGUUCAGUUGGAAUGUUCUCCUCACUUAUUGUUGCAGCUUUAUCUGGUUGUGUUAACGUGCUGCUGACAAAUCCAAUAUGGCUAGUUGUUACCCGCAUGCAGACACAUAAAAAAGAGUCAAAGAGAACGAUCCCAGAUCCGCGUCUGUCUGACGCCACUGAGCAAAAACUGCUUUCUACUGUUGAGCCUCAUGCUUAUGGAACUAGCCAUGUGAUUCAAGAAGUUUACGAUGAAUCUGGAGUUUUGGGUUUCUGGAAGGGUGUAUUACCAACAUUGGUCAUGGUUAGCAAUCCUUCCAUACAGUUCAUGCUGUACGAAACCUUGUUGGCGAAGUUGAAAAAAAGAAGCGCUAGCAAUACCGUAUCUGCUUUACAGAUAUUUCUUCUUGGAGCCAUUGCUAAGCUCGGAGCUACGGUUGUAACCUAUCCUCUUCUUGUUGUGAAGGCAAGGCUUCAAGCUAGACAGGUUAAAAAUGGAGACAAGAGACACCAUUAUAAAGGUACAAGGGACGCUAUUUUUAAGAUGAUCCGCUACGAAGGGUUCAAUGGAUUUUACAAAGGAAUGGGAACCAAAAUUGUACAAAGUGUUCUAGCUGCAGCUGUUUUGUUUAUGGUGAAGGAAGAACUUGUUAAGCAGACUCGUUUCUUGCUCGGAAAGAAUGUUCCUAAAACAAUAAAGCCAUAG